AUGAAUUGGAAUAAAGGAGGCCCUGGCACAAAGAGAGGGUUUGGCUUUGGAGGUUUUGCCAUUAGUGCGGGCAAAAAGGAGGAACCCAAACUGCCGCAACAGUCUCACAGUGCCUUUGGGGCAACUGGCUCUUCUUCAGGAUUUGGGAAGUCAGCUCCACCACAGCUCCCUUCUUUCUACAAAAUUGGAUCCAAGCGGGCCAACUUUGAUGAGGAAAAUGCAUAUUUUGAAGAUGAAGAGGAAGACUCUAGUAAUGUUGAUUUACCUUACAUUCCUGCUGAAAAUUCACCUACCCGCCAGCAAUUCCAUUCCAAGCCAGCAGACUCAGACAGUGAUGAUGACCCCUUGGAGGCAUUCAUGGCUGAAGUGGAGGAUCAGGCGGCUAGGGACAUGAAGAGGCUUGAGGACAAGGACAAGGAGAGGAAAAAUGUGAAGGGUAUUCGAGAUGACAUUGAAGAGGAAGAUGACCAAGAAGCUUAUUUUCGAUACAUGGCAGAAAACCCAACUGCUGGUGUGGUUCAGGAGGAGGAGGAAGAUAAUCUGGAAUAUGAUAGUGAUGGAAAUCCAAUUGCACCUUCCAAAAAAAUUAUUGAUCCUCUUCCUCCCAUUGAUCAUUCAGAGAUUGACUAUCCACCAUUUGAAAAAAAUUUUUACAAUGAGCAUGAAGAGAUAACCAGCCUCACUCCACAGCAGUUAAUAGAUCUGCGGCAUAAACUCAAUCUUCGGGUCUCUGGUGCUGCACCUCCUCGACCAGGAAGCAGUUUUGCACAUUUUGGGUUUGAUGAGCAACUAAUGCACCAAAUUCGGAAAUCAGAGUAUACACAGCCCACUCCUAUACAGUGUCAGGGUGUGCCUGUAGCGUUGAGUGGUAGAGACAUGAUUGGUAUUGCCAAAACAGGCAGUGGAAAAACAGCAGCCUUUAUAUGGCCCAUGUUGAUUCAUAUAAUGGACCAGAAGGAGUUGGAACCAGGUGAUGGACCAAUUGCAGUGAUUGUGUGUCCUACCAGGGAACUUUGCCAGCAGAUCCAUGCAGAAUGUAAGAGGUUUGGGAAAGCAUAUAACCUUCGCUCGGUGGCUGUGUACGGAGGCGGGAGCAUGUGGGAGCAGGCCAAGGCUCUGCAGGAAGGAGCAGAGAUUGUCGUGUGCACCCCAGGUCGACUUAUUGAUCAUGUGAAGAAGAAAGCUACCAAUCUUCAAAGAGUCUCCUACCUUGUGUUCGAUGAAGCAGAUCGAAUGUUUGACAUGGGUUUUGAGUACCAGGUGCGAUCCAUUGCAAGCCAUGUCCGUCCUGAUAGACAGACUCUCUUAUUCAGUGCAACUUUUCGGAAGAAGAUUGAAAAACUGGCCAGAGACAUCCUGAUUGAUCCUAUUCGAGUAGUGCAGGGAGAUAUUGGAGAGGCAAAUGAAGAUGUGACACAGCUUGUGGAGAUUCUCCAUUCUGGGCCUAGUAAAUGGAACUGGCUUACCCGACGACUGGUGGAGUUCACCUCGUCAGGAAGUGUCCUCUUGUUUGUUACCAAAAAAGCCAAUGCAGAAGAGCUAGCUAAUAACCUUAAGCAGGAAGGUCAUAAUCUUGGCUUGCUCCAUGGAGACAUGGAUCAGAGUGAAAGAAACAAGGUCAUUUCAGACUUCAAGAAAAAGGACAUCCCGGUCCUUGUGGCCACAGAUGUUGCAGCCCGUGGCCUGGACAUUCCUUCAAUUAAGACUGUUAUCAACUAUGAUGUGGCUCGAGACAUUGAUACCCAUACUCAUAGGAUUGGCCGCACAGGGCGAGCUGGUGAGAAGGGUGUGGCUUACACCUUGCUCACCCCCAAAGAUAGUAAUUUUGCUGGUGACCUGGUCCGGAACUUGGAAGGAGCCAAUCAGCAUGUUUCCAAGGAGCUCCUUGAUUUGGCAAUGCAGAAUGCCUGGUUUCGGAAAUCUCGCUUCAAAGGUGGAAAAGGCAAGAAAUUGAACAUCGGUGGUGGAGGCCUUGGCUACCGGGAACGGCCUGGCCUGGGUUCUGAGAACACAGAUCGAGGAAAUAAUAACAAUGUGAUGAGCAAUUAUGAAGCAUACAAGCCCUCCUCAGGAGCCAUGGGAGAUCGGCUGACAGCGAUGAAAGCAGCUUUCCAGUCGCAGUACAAGAGCCACUUUGUUGCUGCCAGCUUAAGCAAUCAGAAGGCUGGAAGUUCUGCCACUGGGGCAAGUGGAUGGACCAGUGCAGGGAGCUUGAAUUCUGUCCCAACCAACUCAGCUCAGCAGGGCCACAACAGCCCCGACAGCCCCCUCGCCAGUGCUGCCAAGAGCAUCCCAGGUUUUGGCAAUACUGGGAACAUCAGCAGUGCCCCAGUGACCUACCCUGCUCCUGGAGCCCUGGGAGUCAACAACACAGCGUCAGGAAGUAACAGUCGAGAAGGGCCUGGGGGAGGCAAUGGGAAAAGAGAGAGAUACGCUGAGAACCGGGGUGGCAGCCGCCACAGCCAUGGAGACAGCUUCAGUCGGCAUAGCGACAGCCCACGUCACGGAGAUGGUGGUCGCCAUGGGGAAGGUUAUCGCUACCCAGAAAGCAGCAGCCGCCACGCUGAUGGCCAUCGGCAUGGGGACAACAGGCACGGAGGAAGCGGAGGCCGACAUGGAGAGAGCCGGGGUGCAAAUGAUGGGCGGAACGGUGAAAGCCGGAAAGAAGGUUGUAAUCGUGAGAGCAGGAUGGACCCCAGGGUGGACAGCAGCAAGACGGACAAGGUGGACAGCAAAACAGAUAAAACAGCUGAUGGCUUUGCUGUCCCAGAGCCACCCAAACGCAAGAAAAGCCGGUGGGACAGUUAGAGAGGAUGUGCUCAAAGUAAAAGCGUCUUUAAUUUUAUUUUUAGAAAGAUUUUUGAAACCAUGUCUCAGGGCUGGGUUUUGAUCCAGAGUGUGAGGUCUCCCUGCCCUUAGUGAAGAGCUGGAGCUUGGAGAUGUUACCCCUUUGUUUGCAUUAUUCUUCUGGUAUUUCCUUGGAAACAUUGAGAGCUGGGACACUUGGUUCUGGGUGGGUUGUCAUGAGGGUCACUAGAGGAUACCUU